AUGGACUCGCGUGCCGUCGCUCAUGUUCUCGAGGCUGCCGUUGAGGCACUGGCUGAAUCCUCCGACGCCAUCACCAAUCCUGCUGUCUUUGACGCGUAUCGAAGCCUAUUGAAGCAUGCGGAGACACUGCAAGGCUCACUUAUGAAUAAACUUCUGGACUCGAUCUCUUCUGCAUUCCAGGCGCAAGUGGACGCCACGAUACGCGAUCUCGAUCAGGAGGACCAACAGACCAUCGCAGUGCACAAGAUCACACUGGAGAUGUACGGCUUUCUGCUGCACUGGUUUGUUCUUGCAGCGGAGAAGGUGAAGGCUCCUGGAGAUGAGGAGGGUGCCCCUGUGGCCCCGCCGCCUAAAUCGAGGCGCGGGAGGGGAGGUAAGGCAGGUACCUCGAGACCUGCAUCGAAGAAGACGUCAGAGGAGUGGACGUGGGCAGAUCAGAUACCCUCUAUGCUGAGCCUUAUCAGCAAAGUACUGCGACUAAAAACUCAGCGGAUCUGGCUGACUACGGCUGAAAGAGACACAUUCAUCAACUGCAUUACGCGGCCGGUAUAUCACAUAACAGAGAGUGAACAAUACAUGAAGGCGCAAGCCAUCAGACUCGGCGUGUACAAGGUCGUCUGUCUCGCAGUGAAACACCAUGGUCAUGCCCUCGCCGCGCAAAUCAGCAUCAUGCAAUCUCUACAAUACUACGAGCAUCUUUCGGAGCCUAUGGCUGAGUGUCUCACUGUGCUAACGAAAGAGUUUGAUCACGCUCAACUGGGCGACGAGAUACUGCGGGAGAUCUCAGCGAAGAGCUUCAAUGCGCAGGACUCGAAGGGCCCGCGGGCGUUUUCCCGGUUCCUGAUCAGACUCGCCGAAUUGUCGCCGCGCUCGGUGCUCAAGCAGAUCAGUCUGCUGCUCUCACAUCUAGACUCGGAGUCCUACCCAAUGCGAAUGGCGAUCGUCGAAGUGAUUGGGUGCCUGAUUCGCGAACUCGCUACCUCACCAGACCUGACCACCGAUGAGUUUCAAAUGCAGAAGCAGCUAAACAGCCUAUACGAUCUCCUGCUCGAACGUGUGCUCGACCUGUCGUCGUACGUCCGCACCAAGGUGCUCACAGUGCUCGCGCGGUUGUGCGAUCUGCCUGUCAAGUUCCCGAAGCAGCGGCUCGCAGUGACACGUGCCGCAGUGGACUCGCUCGAGGACAAAGGCUCGACCGUGCGGAAGGCGGCGGUAAUGCUGCUCGUGAAGCUGAUUGUCACACAUCCGUACGGGCUGAUGCACGGAGGCCUACUGGGACAGAAGGAGUGGGAGGAUCGGUACAGUGAUGUCUGUCAGGAGCUUCAAGUCGUCGAAGGCGUCGUGGGCAAGGUGGUUGAGCGGGAAGGUGAUGACGACGACGCUUCUGGAGACGGAAACGAGGACGAAGUGGAAGAAGGAAACGAAGAUAAAAAUGAGGAAGACGGUGACGAGGACGAAGAAAUAUCCUCCUCAAAACGGAAGAAGAAACAGCGAAUAUCUGCAUCCGAAGACGAGAUGGAUAUUGACGAGGGGGACGAAAACGCCGCCGACGAGGACGAAGACGUGAAGAUGGAGGACGAAGACGUGAAGAUGGAGGACGAAGACGACGCAGGGGAGCCGAGCUCUUCCAAGCCGAAGCCAAAGAAAAAGAAGCGGUCACGCAAGUCCGAGCUCGAUAUGGCCGCACUAACAAAUGAGCAAGAGGCCCUUGCGGCAUUAGAGAACAACCAGCUUCUGGGGCUGCGGCUGCGCAAGAGAUAUUAUGCCGAAGGACUGAACUUCAUCAGGCAGGUCGAGGAGGGCAUGCAGACGGUGCAGCGCCUUCUUGCUUCCACGAACAAGCUGGAGGUACUAGAAGCUAUCGAGUUCUACAGGGUUGUUCAUGAGUACCAAUUUGACGGCGCGGAGAGCGGGAUCAAGAAGAUGCUGCACCUGAUCUGGGCAAAGGAUAACAACACAACUUCUGAAGAUGGCAAGGAGCUCAAGGGCGUGCGCUCUCGCCUGCUCGAGUGCUACAGAAGCCUAUACUUUGAGCCGCUGCCCGACAUGGAGCCUAAGAAGCAAGUGAACCGUAUCGCGAAGAACAUGAUAGAACUUACAUACGACGCAACACUCGCUGAGUUGACGAGUUUGGAGGAGUUGAUGCGUACGAUGACUGAUGAUGGGCAGAUCCACCCAGACGUCGUCACGAAGCUCUGGCAGGUCUACAGCUCUGAUAGGCCAUUGCCGAGAAUUCAACGCCGAGGAGCCAUCAUCAUCCUCGGAAUGUUGGCUCUGGCAAAGAGGAGCGUGGUGGCGGACCGAGUAGAGACGCUCGUCAAGACAGGACUGGGUAAUUUGGGCAAGAGCGAUCUCUUGCUUGCAAGAUACACCUGUGUUGCAUUGCAGCGCUUGAAUGGUAGCGCAAAGAAAGUGAAAGGCUCACUCUCGGACAAGUCCCUCCGGCUCGACGUCGAGAACCCACUGUUUCGCAAACUUCAAGAUGCCAUCGAACACCCUUGUCGUUCGAAGGAGUGGUUUGGGAUGGCAGAACAGGCGAUCAACACGAUCUACGCGCUCUGUGAGCGGCCAGACAUCAUCUGCGACAGGCUGAUCAAGAACCUGACCCGGCGUGCGUUCGCGCCGCCGAGUCGUGCGAAGACGCCCCAGACACCCGACCCUGAUGCCAUGGAUGAAGAUGAGCCGAGGGAGGCUGACGAGACUACAUUGAAUGCGCAGUCUGAAGAGAACAAGGACACGAGUGAUGCGUUCGUUCUCAGUCAACUGCUCUUCGUAGUGGGUCACGUUGCUAUCAAGCACAUCGUCUAUCUCGAACUCGUAGAGAGGGAGUGGAAGCGGCAAAAACAAGAGAAGGAGAUGGCGGACAAGACUGCAGCUGGCAAGAACAGCAAUACGCGUUCUAACAAGGAGCAAGAGGAGCUGGACCAGAUGGCGGGCAACGCGGAGGACGAGAUCGGAGACCGGAUUGCGGCUGUGAGGGAGACUGAGCUUCUGUACGGUCCAGACUCCCUUUUGGCCAUCUAUGGUCCAAUGGUUGUCCACAUCUGUGGGAGUCCUCACAAGUUCAAGAACCGGACAUUGCGGGCGGCCGCAACAUUAGCGUUCAGCAAGUUCCUCUGUAUCAGCUCCAAAUUCUGCGACCAACAUCAUCAUCUCCUUUUCAAAAUCCUGGAGACGUCCAAAGACGCUAACGUCCGCAGCAACAUCGUGAUUGCCCUUGGUGACGUUGCGGUGUCAUUCAACACCAUCAUCGACGAGAACAGCAAUGAGCUGUAUAAAGGAUUAUCAGACUCUGACCUUGUCGUCAAGAAGAACACGCUGAUGGUGCUCACACAUCUGAUCUUGAACGGCAUGAUCAAAGUGAAAGGACAGCUUGGUGAAAUGGCAAAAUGCCUGGAGGACGAAGACGAGAGGAUCGCCGACCUUGCUAAACUCUUCUUCUCGGAGCUGUCGACGAAGGACAAUGCUAUUUAUAACAAUUUGCCAGAUGUUAUCAGUCAUUUGUCGGUCGGUGCUCAUGCUGUGGACGAGCAGACGUUCCAAAGCACUAUGCGAUACAUCUUCUCUUUCAUUGAGAAGGAGAAGCAAGCCGAGAAUAUCGUCGAGAAGCUUUGCCAACGCUUCCGUCUCAGCGAGGAUCCUCGUCAAUGGCGCGAUAUCGCUUACUGUCUAUCGUUGUUACCAUUCAAGUCGGAGCGAUCGGUGAAGAAGCUAAUCGAGGGUCUCCAAUUCUACCGCGACAAACUGCAUGAGGAGACCGUCUUCAAUCGCUUCCAGGAGAUCCUAACCAAGGCGAGUUUAUUCUCUGCUCGUGCAAACAAGUCUGCAAACAAACCGGAUGCCGAGCUGAAUGAAUUUGAGAAUAUUCUCGAAGAACACCGCAGGCAAGGCGAGGAAGACCAAGCGUUCGAGAAGAGGGUGGAAGGCAGGAAGGCUGCUGUCAAGAAGCGGGCCACACGACGCUCGGCACGCAAGAAGGUGCAAGCUCAGAAGGAGGACGAGGACGAGGAGUGA